UGUUUGGAGAUCCUCAGACUCAGGGAGCCAGAUGCAGUGACAGGGUGUGCAUUUAUUGUUUCUCAGGAAUGUGUAUUUGUUAAGCAUAGUAAUAUUAAUUUUGAAAGAGCUGAGCACUCUGACUCCAAUCCCAGGAGUGACCAGCAUUGUACAAACCAGGGUCCUAAAGCGGGCAGAAGACAGAUAAACCACCAGCGAAUUUCAACCUUCUUGAUGCUACCAGCCUGCUACAGUCUCUUCAUAUUUUGGUUUACCUAUGGGUAUCCUGCCUCAAUGCUGAGUCUGCUCAGCUUCGCAAUCAUCCUAUACAUAGCAGGAGCACAGAUUUGAACUGGUCUAUCUUGAGAAUCCUCUGAGGAUCUGAGGGCAAAGAUCUUGCAAUCAUCAGUGAGCCACUGCAAUUUGUAAGGGUUUCUUGAAUGUAGUUUCCAUGCCUGGGUUCCUUAUAGGUUGGCCAGGAUAACUCUAGAAGGUGUCCUACUGAGAGACAAUGCCACAUAAAACAUUCCGUUUUCUCCUCCUCAACUUUUAGGAUUGCUACUGAUGUGUCCAUGAAGAUAGAGCUGGUGUGACUCCACUGGAUUCAAUGGGAACUUGGAGUAGCACCUGCAGAGCUCUCUUGUCCUGUCCUGUGGCUGUGGUGGGGACAAGUCAUUCAAGAUUGGGGGGGGAGUGACUUUGUCUGACUUUGGGCAAGACUUGGGAGUGGACACUGCAGCCUCAUGUCUGCCCCUACCCUAGUGCUAGAGAAAUGACUGCUCAAGGAGGGGGUUGCCAGAUGGAGUUGUGCUGCACUGAGGGGCUGAUCUGAUCCCUCACUGCCAGGCCCCUCGUGUUAUUUGCCCUAGUGCAAAGACAGAGCAAAAUGUUGCUAAACCAGAAGGGACCCCACCUGGCCAGGGCACCCGACUGGGACUCUUGAGUGCGAGGGGUGUUGCCAGAGGGGAGACAGGUGGGAGGAGCUGUGUGGUGAAGGUCUGUGAGCACCCACUGCUGCCAGCAAAUCCUGGGGAUGGAUUCCCUCUGCCUGCCCGGCCCCUGAGCACGCGCCCGGCAGAUCACCACGGGACGGGAGGCCUCUGAAGCCCAGAAUCUCUCCAAGGAUGACCAUGGCAUGAAUGUCUCUGCUCCAUCAAUGUGAUGCUGAUCAGAAGACCCCUUGCAUUGAGGUGGGGGCUGGAGCCCCCACCUUUUGCCUCUGUUACCUUAAUGAUGCUUCUCUGCUUCUUGUGGCUGGCGGGGGUUUGCGAGAGUCUCUCCCUGAAACCAGCCCUGCUGCUCCAACACUUCCAAGUGUAUCGCCUGGUGACCUACUGCCUGUGCCACACAGACCCGUCCCUCCUACUCCUCAACCUCCUACUCUUUCCACUGCUGGCCUGGCCUCAGGAGCGGUACCAGGGCACCCUGCGCUACCUCCAUGCUGCCCUGCUCAGUGCCUUUGCCUCUGCCCUGGUCUACCUCAUCCUGGUGGGACUCUGGGCAGCUCACCCAGGCCCUGCCUGCAGUUACACUCCAGUCCACCUGGCCAUGCUGGGGCGACACCAGGCAUGGAGGACACGAGUGAGGGGCUGGGGACAGGUGGCUAUGGCGGCACUGCCUUUGCUGCUUCUGGUGGUAAGCCAGCUUCUUCUCCCUGGAUCACCAUGGCUUCUGCACCUGAGUGGUGCUGUGGUGGGGCUGGCCUAUUGGUCUGGAGCCUUCUCACGGCUGGAGCUGUCAGAGAGGCACCUGGAAGCACUGCAGGAUGCUGUGGUUUGCCGGGUUCUGGCACGAAGGGGCUUCAUCCGCUUCAUCCUGUCCCCAGGUCAGGGGAUCCUUCCCAUAAGCAACUUGGGCAGCAGCAGAGACAGCUCUCCAGGACCCUCUGUCUCCCCAGCCUGGCAGCUUUACCCAAGGAGCCCUUUGGAUCAGUCAACUGCAGCCCCUGGUCCUCCUUGGGCUACUGAAUGGCCCAGGGUCUGGCAGGACUCCAGGCUGCUGCAUACCUCUGUCCCCUUGUCUCACUUCCUAGACCUCUACAGGCUGCCUCCCCCAUGGGCUGUCCCCAUCCAGCAUCCCCAGGCAUCAGUGGGAGAGGCUCUGCUGGAUGAACAGAUGCUGCAGGCCGGGAUCCAGGCCUCCCUGCAAGACACCGGCCUCGAGGCUGCCAUGGGUGAAGUGAAGCUUUCCAAAUCCUCCGUCUCCUCCCUCCGGCUGCAGCAGCUGGAGAGAAUGGGCUUCCAGACGGAGGAGGCAGUGGUGGCACUGGCAGCCACGGGCCGCGUGGAAGGGGCUGUCUCACUACUUGUUGGAGGCCAAGUUGGGGAUGAGGCCACGGUGAUGUCAGAGAACAGGCUGGCUCACCAUGAGCCUCCGCAACCCACAGCUCACCAUCACACCAUGGAAUAAGGGUCACAAGUGACAGAAUGAAAUGUUAUCAAUGAGAGGCAAUGGGGUUACAGAUCACUGAGAAUGGGGGGAAGGAGGGAGGCAGAGCCCAUGAGUGGAAGCACUGACCCCUUUGCUAUAAGGAUCCCUCCACUCCAAACCAUGGACCUCUGGAAGGGUCAUUUGCAGACCUCAGUGGGGCAUAGCUCAGUGAGAGGAUGGGAAGCAUGAGCUUGCAUGGUGGGGAGGGAUGUGGCAGGGCGUCAGUGUCAGGGCACUGAGUGGCAGAUCGGUUGCAAGGCUGAGACACUACUCAGAUUGUGCCAGGGUGUCACCAUACGGUGGGGUCUUUCAGCAGCCCCUUGCCUCUUCUCCCCACUGUCCCUCCAUGCUCCAUCUUCUUGUUUUCUGUCAUACACCUUCCUCACUGGGCCUUGUUAAGUAAUGCUAGAAUUUGAUUGCCCAUUGACCCAAGUGAGUACAUGCUGGCUGAGGCAUGUUUGGAUGUUCCUGAAACUUGUUCCAAGCCAGAUCCAGGGCUCAGCUCCUGGAGCAAGUGUUCAAGAAAGGCCAUGCGAGCAGGGAAAAUGUAUUUGCUAACCCGUGAUUCACUAGCGUGAAAUGUAGAUGCAUUUUGAGGCAAGAGGGUGAAGGGCAGAGCUGAACACCAGAGUUGUGAGACCACAUAGAUAUUGCUUUCAUCCUGGUGCCAUUUGUAAGGGAGGCUGGAACACAGGUGAGAUCUAUGCAUGGGUUCUCCAAAGUCUCACCUACCGUGCGCGAUCAUGUGUGGUUUAAAUUGCCACGUGUGGCCCCACAGCUGCUGUCUUAUUGUUCCUGGAAGUCCCACAGUGAAAUAUAACCCAAAGUUCUGAGAAUCCCAAACCUCUGUAACCACAGCUGCCACAAGCUGGCACCAUGCCCAGGCAACAUGUGGGGAGGGCGAGCUGAGGGAAAGCAUCCCCCUGGUUCCAUGGUCCAGGGUGCCUUUACUCUGUGGAGUCUUCAAGCCACCCCCAUCUGGAGUGACAUUCCUGGGUCUGAGUCAGCAAACCCUGCCUCAGGGCACUUACUUGGAUGUGAUGGGAACUCCACCCAUGUCAAGCCAAUCUGUGGAGCCAUCCAGCUAAACCUCACUGCUAUUUCUAGGAGCAAUAAAGUUUCCACAAGCUCCAAAGA